AUGGAUGACAUAUACAAAGCCGCAGUGGAACAGCUCACUGAUGAACAGAAAAAUGAAUUCAGGGCUGCAUUCGAUAUCUUUGUUCAGGAUGCAGAAGAUGGCUGUAUCAGCACUAAAGAAUUAGGGAAAGUGAUGAGAAUGUUAGGCCAAAACCCCACACCUGAAGAACUGCAAGAAAUGAUCGACGAAGUGGACGAAGAUGGCAGCGGCACGGUGGACUUUGAUGAGUUCUUAGUUAUGAUGGUAAGGUGUAUGAAAGAUGAUAGCAAAGCCAAAAGUGAGGAGGAACUCGCCGACCUUUUCAGAAUGUUUGACAAGAACAGAGAUGGUUACAUUGAUAGAGAUGAGCUGAGAACUAUACUGGAUUCUACUGGUGAAGACAUAACUGAAGAUGACAUUGAAGAACUAAUGAAAGAUGGGGACAGGAACAUGGAUGGAAAGAUUGACUAUGAUGAGUUCUUGGAGUUCAUGAAAGGGGUGGAGUAG